AUGUCUCAACGUAGCGAUAGUCGGCUUAGAGCAUCCUCCGAAGAUCCUCUUUCUUCAAGAACACGAUCAUUAACUAAACAAUGGUCAGCACCAACUCUUGAGAAAUUAACAGUAAAUAAAAUUACGAAAGAGCUUGAUCCAGUUCGUCUUGAAAAUUUAUCAAAUCGAAUUAAUUAUCUUAUUGAAUGUUUAUCAUCCUACUCAAAUGAUGAAAGCAAUGCUGUCACGUCCACAGCCUAUCAUACAUUAGAAAAAUGGUAUACGGACAUGGCUGACGAUUUGAGAAAAACAUAUACAAAAAAACAUGCCGAAAUUGAUCGAUUAAAUGAAAAAUUAAAUGAAGAUUUUCAAACCGAUUUAAUUAGUUAUAAAACUUCAUUACAAAAUAUUCAAGAUCGUAUUCCAAAACUAUCUAAUACGAAUCUUAAUACUAUUGAACAACAAGUAGAUUCGUUACAAAAUCAAAUAGAUAACUUUAAAAAAGGUCCAUCAGUAACCGUCAAAACCAAUUUAAUUCCAUCUGUCGAUGAUCUUGUUUGUGUUUCACUACGACUAAAUAAAAAACCGAGUGAAGAAUAUUUAAUAGAAUCAGAACCGACUAUAAUAGACAAUAUAUCAUCGGGUACUAUCAUGGGAUCAUCCGAUACUCAUUUACUAUUGAUAUCAGAUGAUGGAGAAUUAGCUAUUUUUGAUCUAUAUGGUAAAAGACAAAAUGUCAUUUGGAAAACAUUAGUUGAACAAUAUUAUUCUAUUUAUGAGCCAAACAGUACGUAUCGUUGGGAAGUAGAUCAUCCAACUGAUAUAACAUGGUCAUCUUAUCUUGGAUCAUUUUUGAUUUCAUCAAAAACUGGCUUAUUUACUUUCGAUAUUGAUACAACAAUUAAAAUAACUGAAAAAAUUUCAUUACCUUCUUAUUCACUAGAACAGAUAACAUGUUAUUGCAAUCAUUUAUUUCUAUGCUAUUCAACUGAAACUUCACAGAUAAUUGAAAAACGACAACUUCCAUGGCAAAUGGAACAACGUAAAUGCUGGUAUAAAAAAAAAUUUUUAUCAUCGAAUGAUGAUUGGAUAAAAUCAAUUGAAACUAAUGGAAAAUAUUUUGCAAUGAGUAUUAGAAAUGUUGAACGAGAAUGGCGUGUAGAAAUUCAUUUGAUGAAUAUGGAAUUAAUUGAAGUUAUCCUUUGUACAAAUAUUCAACGUUGUUGUGCAUUAACAUCAGAUCAAUCCGAUGGAUUUCUAGCAUUCGAAUUAAAUGGGAUUAAUUGUAUAUCAAUUAAGAAAGAUGGUAAUCAACUGAAAAUGUUUAAAAAAAAAAUAAAAAGUGUUGUCUACUUAGUCAAGGAAUGGAGUGAACUAACAUUAAUAAUUGUAUUAUUGUAA